GAGGGGGGGGCGCCGCCCCAAAACUAACAAAUACGUACUAUGAAAAAAAAUGGCUAAGAACAAAUACUUUCAAGUUAUUUAAAAGCUCGCGCGAAGCGACAGAUGGGAAGAGGAGGAAAUGACAUCAUUGGUCACGUGGGAUAUGCCUCGAUUGCCUCUUCCGCGUGUUGUUGGACAAAAUGAUAUCAUCGUAGGAGGACUUCCCAGAAAUGACCACUGCUACGGAACUAGAAACCUCCCAAUUUUGUCAAAGCCGGCUGUACAGGUACAUGAGAUGGUGGAGAUGGUUUCCACAUGCGGACACUGCAUGACGAUCUUGUCCGAGGUUCCGAGCUGAGUAAACUCCAAUGGAAGUGCUGUAAGCAAGUGGACCCCAUCUUUCCGAUGUCGGGCAUGUGUUUACAAGAUUCUGUGGUGGACACCCUGUCUGGCCCUAGUGCUACACUGCCACUCCAACCUCUUGGUCACAUGGAAGGACAGAUAGAGAAUGUGAAGAAGGCACUGCGCUUGCAGGCCAUUGACUUUGAGGCACAAUGCACAUCAAGUACAGACACUGACUGCUGGAUCUUACACAACCUCACACCAUGGAACAAGAUUCUUUACUUUGCAAAUAUGGAACUUACAGAGCACAAACCUGGAAGGUUGAGUCUGUGUGAGGUGAAUAAUAAUAUCGCUACGUGCUGUGACAGUGGGCCCCUACUCAGUGCUGCAUUUGUGGCUUAUUGGCUAGUCAAGAAACACAGUUGCGUCGACUUUUUUAAACCAGACGCCCUCGUAGUUCGACAGUCAAGCAGCGCGUUCAAAGAUGCUCUUGCAUCUAAUGCUAAUCUGUGCCACUUUGAAUAUUCCUGGAGUGGCUACUCUCGACACGAAGAACAUUAUGUCUCUGAGGGUGUCCGUCUGUUGAAGAAUGUCGAAAGCCUUGUCCUCUGCAACGUCAAGAUCAAGCAAGAAGGAGCUGUUCUUGUUGCUGAGAUGCUCGAAGACAACAGAAAAAUUAAAAAAGUAAACUUUACUAGAAAUUCCCUCACAUAUCGUGGCUCGGAAAGAAUAUUUCGAGCUCUGAGACGGUGCUUGACGCUGACGGAGCUUGUAUUUGACAGCAACGGCAUUGGAAAGAAAGCAAUGAAAUAUCUUGGUCAACUCGUUGCAAAAAGUCAGUUGCUCCAAACGGCUGUACUCCACUACUGCAUUAGCUCGGGAGAUAAUGGUAUAGAAAGUCUCGCCAAUGCUCUCAAGGUUAACACCAGCGUUAAAGAGAUCACCUUCUACACCUGUGGAUCUUGUGUGGAAGCAAUAGCAGAUGCUCUCAUAGAGAACAGAUCUGUACGCUGUGCCAAAUUUGUACAGUGUGGAGUCAGUGACGAGAAUUGCUCGAUGCUGUCCAGAAUGCUCCAACAGAAUUCAACCUUAGAAGAACUGCAUCUCACUUCUAACGAGAUUGAAGACAACGGAGCUUCGUUUCUAGCUACUGGACUUCUUGGGAACAAAACUCUCAGAAAGCUUUUCCUCAACAGGAACUGCAUUGGACAGCAUGGCUCAGGACGUCUCAUCGGAGCCCUAGCAACGAACAAAUCGCUUCAGUAUCUUGAUAUAACUUCCAAUUCUUUGGAAGAACAUGACAGUAGCACAUUAAGCAGAGCACUUAUCAGUGCCAGAGCUUAUGGCAGGGUAAAGCUGGACUGGCAAGAUGUUGACAUUGGUCAACUUGCAAACGCUUUUGCAGCCAGAAGCCAAAUUGAAGAUGUUGAGCUCAACAGCACGACGAUUCCAGAGGAGAAGAUGCUGGAAGUUCUGUCAUCCCUCUGUGUUAAUGCAUCAGUUAAGAAGCUUUGUUUGAAGGGGCAAUUAGCACUCCCCGUUGCUGAGUGUGUAGCCAGAGUGCUGUAUACAAACACAAGUAUCAAAAGUCUUGACGUAUGCUUCUUCUGUAUACAACAGCAUGGUUUUCCAAGUUUGCUUCGGGCCCUUGAAUGCAACAGAACCAUAACAAAGUGCCGUAUUAGCAUACAGAAAUACACCACAAAAAUACUUCUGGCCAUGGGGUCAGUCGUGUGCAAAAACACAGCCAUCACUGAUCUAGUCACUUUUGCUUUACAUGAACGUGACUUCAGAGUUAUAUCCAAGGCAUUAAGAUCUAACUACACGAUAACCAAACUAGACUUUCAAUGUUCCGCGAAACCAUAUAAGGACAUGUGUGACAUUCGUGGUUUGCUUCAGCGCAAUCAAUCUCUUCUAAAUGCGGCAGCUCGUUUCGUCAUCAGCCCUUCAGUCCAUAAAGAGAGAGCGUUGGCCUUCGAAAAACUCGCACACAGUGACAGGCUUGCCGAGCACUUGGUUAACAUCACGUUGAAGAGUGCGGAGGAUGUCAGCAAAAUGUUGCGUUGUGCCAAGGACUAUGUUGCGUCAAACUAUUUCAGGAUAGUCGGUGUGGUGAAAACAAAGGUGCUGUGCCAUGACACUGUGGGCGACGGAGGACAAAUUGACCAACUCAACGAGGUGUGUUUGCGAAGGCUGCUGUUUUACCUCAGGAUUGAUGACGUUAUUGCUCUUUGAUUGUCAUAAUUUAAUAAAUAUCAAUUGUUGCUACAUGA